AGUAGAACAGAAUCUAGUCAGGGUAGGCUUGAGUAAACAAAUACGUUUUAAGCCUAGACUUAAACACUGAGACUGUGUCUGAGUCCCGAACACUAAUAGGAAGACUGUUCCAUAACUGUGGGGCUCUAUAAGAGAAAGCUCUUCCCCCUGCUGUAGCCUUCACUAUUCGAGGUACCGUCAAAUAGCCUGCAUCUUUUGAUCUAAGUAGGCGUGGCGGAUCAUAGAAAACCAAAAGGUCGCUUAGAUAUUGUGGCGCGAGACCAUUUAGUGCUUUAUAGGUUAAUAAAAGUAUUUUAUAGUUAAUGCAAGAUUUUACUGGGAGCCAAUGCAGUGUGGAUAAGAUCGGGGUGAUGUGGUCGUAUCUUCUGGUUCUAGUUAGGACUCUAGCAGCUGCAUUCUGGACUAACUGGAGCUUAUUUAUAUUCCCACUGGAACAUCCAGACAGUAAGGCAUUACAGUAAUCUAGUCUAGCGGUGACGAAUGCAUGAUUAGGCAUUUUGUCUCCUCCCUAUUCACUGGUUUUCCCUCCUUACCUACAAAGUCUGCAUGGGAAGAGGUGUUCAAGCUGAAUCCUCAUAAGGGCGGCAUUAUCUCACGGAUAUAUGCAACGAUCUGGUCACAGGACGAUUCUUACAAUAUCAAAGCCAUUAGUGCUUGGGAAGAGGAAUUGGGCCUGGAGCUUGAGGAUGAUUACUGGGGCAGAGCGUUAGAUAAUAUACGUACCGCCACGUCUUGUGCUAGACUUAGUUUCAUACAAUUUAAAGUGGUCCACAGAGCUCACCUCUCUAGAAGUAAACUGUCUAAAAUAUAUCCCAAUGUUUCUGACGUGUGAAAAAUGCAAACUUUCGCCCUGUAACCUGAGUCACUCUGUCCCAAACUGCAGAAUUUUUGGACCUCUUUCUUCGAAACUAUGUCCGACGUUCUUAAAAUCAAAUCGGACGUCUGUCCUUUAAUUUCCAGCUUUUGUGUUUCAUCUCAGCAUCAGCCUCUGAACCAUAAACAAGCUAGUGUUGUGGCCUUUGCAUUGUUACUUGGUCGGCGCAGAAUAUUGUUGUCUUGGACCUCUCCACAACCCCCCUCUAUAUCAGUCUGGAUUAAAGAUUUAAUCUUCUUUUUAAAACUUGAAAAAAUGAAGUACAACAUCAGAGGCAGGGGUGACUUAUUUUUGGGAAAAUGGCAACAGUUUAUUACCUACUUCAAUGAUGUACGCACCCUGGAGGUGGAUUGAGGAGAGGUAGACGGUAAAUACUAAUAACCUUACUUUUUUGUUUUUGUUUUUUUUUGUUGUUGUUUUUGUUAGUUUUUUUUCUGGUUGUUUGUUUGUUAUUGUUUUUUGUUUCCCCCUUUCUUUUGGUUUUGGCUGUGAUUGUUUUGUUGGGGUUGUUGGUGGGGUGUUAUAAUCUGUAAAAUGCAAAUUUCCAAUAAAAAUUCUAUGAUAAAAAAAAAUAAUUAAAUACACAAUCAUGUCUUCAUUUGAUCGAAGUUGGUUCUGUUGCGUUCUCACUCUUAACCCUUAUUUUGACUGGACUUUCUCUUCACUCUAUUCUUCAACAUUCCCCCACUUUUCAGUCUUUCCCUUUCCUUUCCUUUCUCUCAGUUGUUGAUGUCUUUCCUGAGACUCUUGUGUAUCCAUCAUUUCUACCAGACUUCCCCAGUCUGCUCCCCACACUAUCAGACUAUAUUUAUUAUCCUCACUGCCAUUUAAAAUACCAGACACUUUCCUAUUUCAUCACACUUUAAAGAAACCGGUUCUGCAAAUUUCUUCCUGUGUCCCCGCCCCCUGUCACGAGCUCUAAGGUGUGGUCCAAUACCUAAACAAUGCAUUCAGAAUGUGAGCAGAGUUUCUCAGGUAGAACUGUCCUGUCUCCAGACUGAAACAGAUUCCCCUCAUACUCGGAGUCUGGGAUUCAUUUAGCUUUUAUUUAGCUGAUGUUCAGUUUGUGUUCUGAAUCGUGUCCUAAUGCUUUUAUUCUGCACUUCCGGCUUUGUUUCUGUUCAUCAGAGCAAGGGGUUAUAGUUUAUCGUCCAGUCAUGCAGUCCUGCAGCGUUCACCACUGUGUCCUGCUCUUACUCACCCUCACAUUCACCACUGCUCCGGUAUUAGCUGCUGUCUGUUCUAAAACAGUGAAGCUUCAUCAGCCUGUGACUCUCUCAUGUGAAUAUAAAUGUUCUGGUUCAGUCAAAUGGUCUUUAUUUAAUAAUCGAGAUGUUGUCUUCACUCGGUGUGACGAGACGUCGUGCAGCUCACUGGUGAAGGGAUAUAAUAUGUCUCAUGAUCAGUACCAGGAUGGAGAUCUCUCUCUCAUCAUCACUGCAGCUGAUUACAGAAUGAGGAACACGUACUCGUGUGAGUGUGGCGUCUCAGAAAUCUCUACUGUGCGCCUCAGCAUUGAGACCGUGUUCUCAGCAGUUCAGAAGAACCCUGGUGAAGAUCUGAUCCUGGAUCUGUCCGUACCAGAGCCAGUGGAGGUGAUUUAUACAAGCAGUGAUUCAGCUGAUGGUGAACAGAUCUGCACUGUGACUCAACGCUCACUACAGUGUAAAGCUGAAUACACAACAGAACAUCACUCAGAUACCCAGAGCUCACACUGAGAGACGUGACGCACAGUGAUCGUGGACGUUACACCAUCCGGGACACGGAGAAUAUGGAAGACAUCCGUGUGUACUCUGUCUCUGUGACAGAUGAGAAGUUUCCUCGGUGGAUAAUUGGACUCAUAGUGCCGGUGGUGGUGAUUCUGCUGGUGAUCCUUCUCUUUCUAUGUAUAAAAUACCAGAAGAAUGCAGUCCAUCAGGAGUUCAUCAAGGUGAGCAAGCAGCUGGAGCAUGUGAACAAGCUUAUACAGCAGGCCCGACCUGGGAAAGAGCAGGGCAAUAAAAGGCGUGUCGGUGCCACAGAGGCUUUGCAGAAGGCAGAGGAGGCGAUGAAGGAACUGGAACAACGGUACAGAGAGAACCCUAAAUAUUCAGAACAGAUCAAAUUGUUCUGCAAGGCGAAGAGAGCAGAGCUGAUGGAGUGCAGUGGUGAAGAAGGUGAAGGACUUCUGAUGACUGAGAGAGGAGGGGUGGUGUGUAUUGAGCAGAUGAUGAGGAAGAUGGAGGAGGUGAAGAGCAGCUUACAGCAGCUCAGUGGUGAUGGAGCAGGACACCUGCAGGCUCUAGAGAUGACCCGUGUGAUUGCCCCAGGUGAACCCAUAGACGUGUUCUUACCCCUCACUGACCUGGUGGAGGUGAGUUUUACUGCCAGUGAUGCUGUACAACCAUCAAACCUGCAGACCUGCACCGUGGACAAGGAGAAGAUCCAGUGCAGUCCAGAUUAUAAAGAGAGAGCGUCUCUCCUCAACACUCUUCAGAUUAACGAUGGAGACGUCUCUGACAGUGGGAACUACAUAGUACUUCCAGUACUACUUACAGGAUAUCUGGAACAAUGAGAUGGUCCGUGUGAGAGAGGAGACGCUGUGUUUGGACAGUAAGAAGGAGAGAUCUAUGCCAGCAUGGGGGACUGCACUGAUGGUGGUGCUGAUGAUCCUGCUCAUCGUAGCAGGGUUAUUGAUGGGUUAUCUGUGGAAAGAAAUGCAGUAGCUCCAUGGAGAAUCUGCAAACACCAGCAGCGCCGAAUGACUGAAAACACCAACGAACACCAGCAGCUCACAAUGAAUGGAGUUGUCAGCCAUUCUCCAGGAGAUGUGCAGAUCUCCGUACACCCUGCUUUCACUAACCAGCAACACUGAAAGUGUCUGAAUAUGUCCCCCUGUCCUCCUCCCUGGGAUUUCUGCUCCAGGGUUAGUGUGAUAUCUCCAGAGAGAGUGGUUGAAUGUUUGUAGGAUUUAUAUGAAAUGAUCUUCGUAACCAGCAGAUGAACUGAUUCGGUUCAGAUUAGAGAGAUCAGAAAACAGCUGCACAGAUCAUUCCACAGUCACAUGUCCAUGUGCUCCUCUGAGGUUCCUCUGUGGUUCCUGGGGAGAGAACACUGCUCUUUUGGUGGAGUUUUGAGAGAGGACCUGUACUAGCGUACUCUGAUGGGUUUUGUGGAGCUCCUACACUAAAUGUUGUGAUGCAGAUGUGCUUCUAGAAUAUCAUGUGUAAUAAAUAUCAGGGGAUAUGGUGUCAGUGGAACAUCAUGUACAGCUGAUUAAACUGGUCCAUACCACUGCAGACUAGUAGAUCGAGUAGAUAUAGGAGUGAUGGAGAGAAGAUGGCCUGAGCCAGUGUUAGUGGGAUAGACUCCGGAUCCACCACAACCCUGACCAGGAAGUUCUCUCUAGUCCUGAUUCAUAUGGAUUCAUAUGAUUCAGUCUUUUUCUUCUGUAAUUCCACCAUAAAACUCUCCUGUUUGCUUUGUGUCCUGAUCUAUAAACACCAUUUUAAUCUGAUUCACUAAAAUCACCUAGAAAUAAAUCUAGAUUCCAAAUAACAACACUAUUAGAUUCUCAGCUAUUUAAUAAAACUCAUUUAUAUCCAGAGUUAUUAAAUCAGUAGAAUAUUCCACUUAAACACACUUUGCUGUGCUGAUUAAAGAUGUCAGGAUUAGUUUUAGGAGUGAAGAUCCGUGACGUCAUGACACAAGGAACGCCCAUUUUACGGUGUAAAGGGGAGUGCCGCGGACAUGGACAUGUUGGAGUCUCGCGCUAACAGGCUGCUGCUGUUGUUCCUCCUCGACAUCGACGUUUAAAUCUGGUUUUUAAUUCAUCUUUAGUGAUUUUAACUCUGCGAUUGGAAAGUUGAUGUGUUUUAUUCCUCAUAUCAAAAGUAUUUUAUUAUCGACAUCACAGUUAUUGUAGAGUUUUAGAGAUUAGAGCCGGUGUUUGUGUUCAGCAUCUCUAAGUUUGGAGCUAGCGGAGCUGGUUUGUGUUUGUGUUCUGCAUCUCUUCACUGCUGGAGAUCUGUUGGAGUUUUUAUAUCCGGUGAGUAGUGAAUCUACUUCCUCCAGAUGUUACACAGGUGAUAUUAACACUGCAGUAGAUUAUUUACACGGACGGAUCAUGGGAUGAAAUGUUGGAGUGAUUAUUUACUCACCACAUCGGCCGUCACUCCAGAGUUUCCAUCAACUCCGUCAUCAAAAGCGAGAGAGAAGUGCAGUUAAUUAUUUGUCAUGCUGUACGUGCUAAUAGACAACUGCUUGAAGCCGUGGGCUGCGUCUCAAACCGCGUACUUCUCGUCUAUAUAGCAGCCAAGAUACAUGUAUUUUUCCCCACUACAGGCCUAUAGUAGGAAAGUGUGCGGUUUGGGACACAGCCGAACUCUCUUGUUCGCCGCAAAACGUAAAACUGCCGUGUGUGAUCGUGUCCUGUCGCACAAUGCGGUGAAAACUCCCACACGACGUUCA